AUGGAUCAGUAUGAGGUGUUGGAGCAGAUUGGAAAAGGAGCAUUUGGUUCUGCACUUUUGGUGAGGCACAAGGUCGAGAAGAAGAAGUAUGUGCUCAAGAAGAUACGGCUCGCACGGCAAACCGACCGCACACGCCGGUCUGCCCACCAGGAGAUGCAGCUCAUCGCGACAGUCCGGAAUCCAUUCAUUGUGGAGUACAAAGAUUCAUGGGUGGAAAAGGGUUGCUACGUUUGCAUUGUUAUUGGUUACUGUGAGGGAGGAGACAUGGCUGAGGCUAUCAAAAGAGCCAAUGGAAACCAUUUUUCUGAGGAGAAACUUUGCAAGUGGCUUGUGCAACUUCUCAUGGCUCUUGAUUAUCUGCAUGCAAAUCACAUUCUUCAUCGAGAUGUGAAGUGCUCCAAUAUAUUUAUUGCCAGAGAUCAAAGCAUACGCCUUGGUGACUUUGGUCUUGCAAAGAUAUUGACUUCAGAUGAUCUUGCAUCUUCUGUGGUAGGAACACCAAGUUAUAUGUGCCCAGAACUUCUUGCUGAUAUACCAUAUGGUACUAAAUCCGAUAUUUGGUCUCUAGGAUGUUGCAUCUAUGAAAUGACUGCUCUCAGGCCUGCAUUUAAAGCUUUUGACAUGCAAGCUCUUAUUAGCAAGAUCACAAAGUCGAUAGUAUCACCAUUGCCCACGAAAUAUUCUGGUUCCUUUAGGGGACUUAUCAAGAGCAUGCUACGGAAAAGUCCAGAACACCGACCAAGCGCUGCAGAACUGCUAAAGCAUCCACAUCUUCAGCCUUAUGUGCUUCAGGUCCAGUUAAAGUCCAGUCCCUCUCGCAAUAUGUCUCCAAUCUAUCAAGCUCUGACAGACAAAGUUAAGAAGAUGACAUUUCCUAGGGAUAUAACUGAUUCUGUGAGAAGAAGGGUGGCAAGAAGGAACUCUCUGGGAAAUGAGAGGACUGUAACAUUCUGCAAACCCUCUCCUGAGCGGAACUCUAUUAGCUCUACACGGAGCAUCAAAGAAUAUACAACUACUCAGAGUGUUAAAGAGCUAUCUGUUGACAGCAGUCAAAUUGAUGACGAGGUCACAAGUAAAGCCAUUAUAACAAAGACGUCAGGCAUUCUAAGGACGCCCAAAAGUACUCCAGCCAAGACAUUGACAACUAGAAAUCGGUUGGAUCCUCCAAAAACAUCUUAUACCAGAACAAACCAUGCCGAGUUGACCUCAAGAACACCUCUGAACAAAAGCGCUCGGUCAGCAAGAAGAGCAUCCCUCCCGCUGCCAACAUACAGAGCACCCAACAGCCGCACCGUUAGCAUCCUCGACCAGCUGGACUCGCCAGACGUGUCCGUCAACGCGCCUCGGAUCGACAGGAUCGCAGAAUUCCCUCUAGCUUCAUCCGAGGACCCCCUGGCACCCAUGAACAAAAAACUCUCUUCAGCACCCGGCCACAGCCACAGCCCCGGCCAUGGCUCGUGCUCCACUCCCCCCUUCAUCAACCGGUCCAUCACAAAGGACAAGUACACGGUGCAGGUGCUGCACACGGGCGACGGGGACAACGUGAGCGACUCGUCGGGGCGCAACGCCACCGCCGCGAUCGAGCAGAGGGUCCAACGACUCGAGGCAGCAGCGGUUCGACACCUCGUCGUACCAGCAGCGCGCCGAGGCCCUGGAGGGCCUGCUGGAGUUCAGCGCGCAGCUGCUGCAGCAGGAGCGGUACGAGGAGCUGGGCAUCCUGCUGAAGCCGUUCGGACCCGAGAAGGCGUCGCCGAGGGAGACCGCCAUCUGGCUCACCAAGAGCUUCAAGGAGACGGCGUCGUAGCCUCCGGUCCUGUCUGUCUCUAUGUAGCUGCCAGUUUUGUAACGUUUAAUGUAGCUCAGGUAGUUUAA